AGUGGCGCGGUGAUGCAAGCGCGUGUAAGGAGACGUGAGGACGCGCGCAUGCGAAAGAGAAAGCAUAUAAUUGCUAGUAGACUCCUUUUGGAUUUUGAAAAUCCCGUCAUAUUUCGCUCCCAUUGGGUUGGUCUCCUGAACUUUUAGGCACCAUGCAGCGGAGGUCAAGAGGAAUUCAUCAAGGCCUGCUUUUACUUUUUUUUCAAAUGAUGCACGUUGGGAUCACCAAUAUCCCCCCUGUCACUUUGGCAUGUAUAGCCCUCAACAUCUGGCUUUUCCUCAACCCCAUGAAGUCUUCCUACUGGCUUUGCCUAAGUGUGGAAUUGUGUUAUGAAAGAAAAGAUUGGCAGCGCCUGCUGCUUUCCCCUUUCCACCAUGCAGAUGACUGGCAUCUAUAUUUCAACAUGGUGUCCAUGCUGUGGAAAGGACUGAUGCUGGAAAGAAGACUGGGAAGUAUUUGGUUUGCCUACAUCAUAGCAGUCUUCUCCUUGCUUACUGGUGUGGUAUACCUGGUGUUGGAAUAUACUGUUGCGGAACUUCUGGACCAGCCUGCCUUCAAAAUACACUGUGCUAUCGGUUUCUCAGGAGUCUUGUUUGCUUUGAAGGUUCUUAGCAACAAUUAUAACCCCGGAGGACGCACAAAUGUUAUGGGCAUGUACAUACCCAACAAGUAUGCCUGUUGGGUAGAACUGGUGAUGAUUCAUUUGUUCUCCCCAAAUGCUUCCUUUGCCGGGCAUCUGGCUGGUAUUAUCGUUGGACUCAUGUACACUCUGGGGCCUCUGAAGAGGAUCAUGGAAGCCUGUGCAGGUAUAUUUUCCUUCAACACCCAUUACCCAGGACAGCAAUAUUACUUCAGUAAUACAGGCUACAACGGAUAUCAGGAGGACUCGUUCGACAGGCAGCCUUACCAAGAAGUCCCAAGGAACUAUGACGUCUAUACAGCAGGGCUCACCGAAGAGGAGCAGCUGGAAAGAGCUCUCAGAAACAGCCUCCGUGACCGAGUUGGUGUUAACAAUGGCCCCUCACCCUAUGGAUUCAGAAUUCCUCCAGAAGAUGAAAUGAGAAGGCAAAGACUCAACAGAUUUGACCGGCACUGAAAUUACCCAGCAUCUUGUGAAUCAUCAGUCCAGUUUCCCAAGUGUCAACCACCAGAUUCAUUCCAGAAGCCUCUGGUUUGCUCUGAAGAAAACCAAAGCACUCUCCUUGAAGCACUCCCCCAACUUGAGUGACUCAUUCAAUGGUCCUUGCAAUCUCAGAGUCACAUGCCCAAUUUGCUCUCUUCAACUCCACGAGAAGCUAAAUACCACUGGCAGCUUUGUGAAAAGGGCUCCUUCUUGAUCACAUAGAUAUCAGCAGCAUCCUGGGAAAAGAGCACUGCCUCUCCUGUUGGAUGCCCCCACUGCCAAUGUGGAAGGCUCAUAGAGUCUGUGACUUUCCAUGCUGAAUUUCGAAGAUCAUCCCCUCAUUCUGGACGGUGGAUCUGAUCUUAGAGGUAGCCAGAGGUUUGGUUCCAUCCUCAUCUUCCUGGCAGGCCACCUUAAGAGACCGAAUGAAGCCACCUUGACUUGACCUACAGACCUCCCAUUCUCUGCAGGCGUCUUUGGAUGGGUGUGGUGUUCACAUUUUAGUUCCUUCCUUUGUGUGUGUUGCUGUUAUUCAAACAACACAUUUCACUGAAAAGAUCUCAGGAAGAACUUGAGGACAGAGUUACACAUAUUAACCAUUAUGAGAGACCAUCAUUUUGUACCUAUCAGCUCUGCCUCAAGUAUAAAUGUGUGUAAGUUUUCUGAACGCCCUCAGGGAACCGAGAGUUGAAAAGUCGUUUUUAGAGCAAGGGUUAUCUUGUAAAAUUAAAAGACUCCUGAUUCGGUCACCGUAACAAGCUCCACAUUCAGUUGUCUUGACCUGACACCCCCAGCAGGUAUCCGUCAAUUAGUGUCAUCACCAUUUUUAAGCUGCCCACGUGCUAAUGCUCUCCACCACCUCAAAGACAAAGCCAGAGUAACCUUGAUGUGUUCUUAGAGUUAGUCUUAGUAAAAGUUGGAAGCAGGUGUCUCCAAAGAGAAUUUUCCCAAUUUGGUUUUAAUCACGGGUUCUCAAAUGCUACACUAGACACACUGAAGAAAUAUCUGCCCAGGAGUGUGAUGUAUGUGUCCCAGGAGCACCUGGCUGUGAUGGUAAGGGGGAGGGAGGCAUGGUGGAUGGCCAGUAGGGCUCAGAGACAGGAAGACCGGGGAUCGAAUCCUUCCAGUCAUUCUCUUACAUUUCAGUAGGAUGAAUGCUCCUGCUGUGGGACGGAAGCUCUUGAAGAGCAAAGACUGUCUUGUGUCUUUUUUACUUUUCAUCUGCAGUGCCCAGCACCUAGUGGGUUUUUAACAAGCAUUUCUUAAAUGAAUGAAUGAUACCGAGUAGACGUAUGAAUGUGGACAACUCACUGAACCUCUCUAAGCUCGUCUCCUUUUCUAUAAAAUGGCAGCACCUUUAGUAUCUACCUCACAGGACUGUUGUGGGGUUAAAAUGAUGCUUGUAAAGCCCUUUGUAAGCCUUAAUCCGCUAUUUAGAUUUCUAUUAUUGUUUUAAUCUCUGACAGAUCAAUAGAGGAUCAGCUGAGCUUCUUUAUCAUAUGUACAUGUACAUGCAUGUAUAUAUACACACACAUAUACAUAUACAUAUACAUAUAUAUAUAUAUACAUAUAUAACUUGAGUAGAAUUUGCCCACAAUAUUACCGAUGUUGUGCCUUAGCUUCAUAUGUUUUCAGCUGAGAAAAGGAGUGUGAUCACUGUGCUGCAGAAUCGGGGGGUGAGCGAUGGCUUCUUUCUUUGCAUUGAAAAUACCUGUUGCUCAACACAACAAUAUUACUGAUGGACAAAGACACAAGACCUGAAUUUUUGAUACUAAGAAAUGUAGCAUUGGAGGGGAAUUCCUCACUGGGGAAGCAGAGACUAGCCAAUCACCGAGAUCACCUCCUCUCCCCAAACGAAAACAAGCAGAAGACAGUAUCAACCCCCAUCAUGUGCUUUGUUUUGACCCUCUCAAGGAAGCCGUCUUCUAAAAAAUAAUCACAGUUAUUUUGUUAAGCCAGAAGGCCUUUCUAGUGCUGAGGCAUAUGAUUUUUUUAUAUUCUUUCAUUUCCCUCUGAACUCUGGGUUAGCAGUAUGAUGCAGGCACCAUAGGAGAUUACCUGGAUGACCUUUCCCAACAUGGCAGCCCCACAGACUUGGUCUGUUAUUCAGAGGUGGGACUCGAGUUCUCAAGCGGUCAGAUUCCCACCCUGUUGUUUAGUGGUUCCAUUUUGACUCAGGGUCCCUCUAAUCCCACCAGCCUUUACUUCUCUUCUCCUUGGGAUUUUAGAACUAGUUUUGCAAUGGUAUUAUUUGCGCUUAAUGACUGAGCAUCUCACAUGCAACCAACGCCAAAGGGAUGUUGUGCACCUUUUUUAUUCUUUUUUUUCUUUUUCAACAGUGGCUCCUCUUUUUGAAUGCAGGAUAGUGCUGGCACCGGGCUCAGUAGUCAGUGACCAAAAGUGGGUGUUCUGGUUUUGGUCCAUGGCAUUUCUUGUGUCUGUUUCCAGCAUCCACCAAAACAAGUGCCUUGAGGGUUAAUCCAUGACCCCAGCAAAGGGAAAGGCAAAGAGGUUAUCAUAGGCUUGGCCUUUCUGCUCCUCCUGUUGGUUUCCUCGGAGAGCUUUUUGAAUAUUUUAAGAAAGGGUACUGUCGAUUUAGGCCCUGAAUAUGCUGCCUCUGCAAUGGCCUUUGCGCCUCUCCUUUCCUUUCUGGGACAUCACUCAGGUCAAGCCCUCAUAACUCACACCUGCACUAUCGAAGUCAUCUUUUGGUCAGUCACUCGAAGACCCAUCCUCCUUUCCCCCACUGUCCUCCUUCAUCCUAAAACACUGCCCACAAAACCUUAACAGCUUCCCAUUAUUUGGGAAGAUAGGCCAGGGCCAGAUUGGAUUUGGCUGAGGAGUCUGGACUUUCUCCUAGAGAAUAUAUGUGUGUGUGCAUGUGUAUAUGUUUAUUUAUAUAUACAUAUAUAUUUAUAUGUACACAUACACACACACACCCCUUCCCAUCUUCUUCACUCUCCCUUGAAUGGGACAUGGGCACACUCCACUCCUCCGCCCCCUCCUUCAUACCUCCCAGCUUUCUUUUUGUACUGUUCGUUCCAAUUAGACCAUCCUCUCCUUUCCUUUGUGUGUAUUGAUAUCAUAAUUGUUCUUUGAAGUCCGACUCAGUCUCACCUCUCACAUUAAGCUUUCCCUGACCCCACCUCCCACCCACAACACACUUUCCCUUCCCUAAUCCGACAUCAACCUUUUUUUAAAAAGCCUAUAUUACUCACUUGACCCUUGUCAUACAUAGCCUUACAGUAUUGGUUUCUGAUGUUGCUCUGCCUUGUCUCCCUAUCUAGACUAUAAGCUUCUUGAGGGCAGUGACUGUCUUAGACUUCCUUUUGUCCUCCGGUGUGUGACCAGUCAUUAAAUGUCCAUGAAAAGAAAUGAAAGUACUCAGUCUUACGGUCACCAGAAAGAUGAAUAAAAACACUCAAACCCAGUUUCUUCCUGGUAUAUGUUCCCUUCUCUUUUCUUCCCGCUCCAUGUGGGGAAGGGGCAAAAGGAGGAUGCGAGGCUCAUAGGCACGCACACCCCAUCAGGACACACAUUCCAAUCUGACAUUACGAUUCAUCUUGGCUUCAGCUUCAGUGUGUGAAUAAUUCACACAUCACAUUUGCAGCAACAUGUGGAGAGAAUCCUUUGCCCAUGGGGAAAGGAAGUAUCAGAGCUAUUCCUAAAUCUUCAGAAGAUGCCGCGCUUGCCGGUCGAUGGUACGAGAGCACCUCGGAUGUGAUAAGUCAGUCCAGGUGGCAUCACCUUUCUUCACGGGCAUCUGAUCACACAACACUGCAAACUCAGCAAUUCCAUUCAACACAAUGAGGGAUCCUUGAAGGAGCACUCAGAUCUGGUAGCAUCUCCUUGUUUCUAGGCAUUUAGUCUGCAGGCAGCGUUUUCCUACUGAAGCAGCAUUUGAUGACAACAUGGUGAGGUAUUAUGGGGUAGGGGAGCAGUGACAUAAGACCCAACAGCCCAGUCAAGUUGCCACAUUGCUCAGGGAGACAAUUUCCUGCUUGGUUUCAUUAGGAAACUCUGUAUGUGUGUGUGUACGCAUGCACCUGCAUGGAUAUAUCUUAAGAAAGAGUGCUGGUUUAGUUUAGACUGUUCAUCUUCAUGGUUUUUCCCCCUUAUGAGAACAGAGGAUCAGCCAUAGAGUUGGUAGUUCCCAGAGCUCUGAAGACAUUGGGAGGAGUCAGAGGUCAUGGAAGCAGUCCUGCUCUCCAUGCACGAAGCAUCUGGAUAGUCUAUCAACAAUACUCACAAAGGGGUGCUAGCAUAGGGCAAAUUGAAAUGUUUGCCUGCUGUUAGAAGUUUUGACAGGAAGGUACAUAGACACUUGCCCCACUGGAUGAGAAGGGGUCAAUAGAUUGUAUUCUGUGCCGUUCAUUGAGGGGAGCAGCCACAACAGUGAGAUCAUGGAUAUGUAUAGAAGAUGUAAAAGUCUCCACAUUCCCCACCCCCAGGUCUCCCCAUCUCACCUUCUAAAAUGUUCAUCUCCCAAAGGUGAGGAGCUGAGGACAAAGUACACAGGCUGGCCGAUGGGAAUAUUUAUAAUAACUCCACAUUCAUCAUGGGUGGGGGCUUUUUCUUGCCUUUAUAAGAGCCACCUAACAAGUUUCUCAGACCUAAGAUUAUCAGAGAUAGACUGAUAAAAUACAACAUAUGCUUAUAACACAAUGUUCAUUCAUCAAGUACUUACUGUGUGCCUAGUACCAUGGCGGGUACUAGGAGACUACCAAGUUUUGGUAAGAUAUAAUCCCUGUCCUCAUGGAGCACAAGGACUAGAAGAAAUCUGAGACAUUCACAUGGGUAGAGAGAGAGAGAUGGGCAUAGGGACUGGACUCAGAAUUUCAUUGGCAUAGGGAACUCCUUGGAGAAGGAGACCCUCCACCAAUCAGAGUAGUACCUUCCCAAAAAUGUAUAUGGUCUAACUUGCCUAGAGCACUGAGAGGUCUUGCACAGAGCCACAUAAUUAACAUGUGUCCAAGGCUGGACUUCAACCCACCUCUUUCUGGCUUUGAGACCAUCUCUCUCCACCACACCAUGCUGUCCCUUAUAUGGAUAGCUUUAAGUUACCCAAUAAACUCAUUAAUAAUAGUUUUUUAAAACUAACAUCCUGUACAGCUUCUCACAGAUUGGUACCAUGUUCUGAGAGUAUGGCAGCCUGUCAGUGUGACAUUUUGGCACUCACCCCCUCCGCCCUUUGGCUGCUUUUCCCUAGUCGGGUGCACACUAUGAUGUCGGGAUAAUACCUGCUCUGUACUCUGCCCUGGCCUCGCCUCUGGGUGGCAUUUCACAUUUAUGCCAUUAGCUCUCCGUGCUUUCCAAAGUUCUUCCACCUAAUCUCAUUUUCACCUGCUUGAAUUGGAUCAACCUUCUCUGAGGUCCAUUUGGCAGUUUCAUUUUGUACACGCCCAUGCCUUGCACAUUUAAUUGGGGAGUGCACCCAGGAAACAUUCAUAUAAUUUUUUGAAAGGAUUCAUAUUAUCUUUAAAAUUUAUUGAAUGCACAUCACAAAGGGCAUUCUCUUUAUUGCU